AUGAAACAGAAUUCAGGAAUUUUAUUGUCUGGCUGGAGGACCAGAAGAUCAGACACUACAAGAUUGAAGACCGAGGGAAUUUAAGAAACAUCCACAGCGAUGACUGGCCCAAAUCCUUUGAGAAGUACAUGAAAGAUGUAAACUGUCCUUUCAAAAUACAAGAGAGACAAGAAACUGUGGACUGGCUGCUUGGCUUGGCAGUGAGGCUGGAGUAUGGAGACAAUGCUGAUAAGUACAAGGAUUCCACCCCUGAUGGUGCCAAAAAUACUGACAAUACAGCAAAAAAUGCAGAACCCCUGGUUAACUUGGAUGUGAAUAACCCUGAUUUCAAGGCUGGAGUGAUGGCUUUAGCUCAUCUCCUUCAAAUUCAGCGACACGAUGAUUACCUGGUAAUGCUUAAGGCCAUCCGAAUCCUGGUGCAGGAGCGCCUGACGCAGGACGCCAUCGCCAAGGCCUCUCAGUCCAAGGAGGGUUUGCCUGUCGCUUUAGAAAAGCACAUUCUUGGGUUUGACACGGGAGAUGCCGUUCUCAACGAGGCUGCCCAAAUUCUCCGCCUGCUGCACAUAGAGGAGCUCCGAGAGUUGCAGACAAAGAUCAACGAAGCAAUUGUAGCUGUUCAGGCCAUUAUUGCUGACCCCAAGACCGACCACAGACUGGGGAAAGUUGGGAGAUGA